CAGUGCGAGAGAGCGAGGGAGAUGUGUCAGAGCUUGUUACUCAGGCUAAAUUAGGUAAUUUUUAGCUGGGUAACGUGCUAAUCGUUAAACCUUUAUGCCUUUAAAUCCCGCGUGUGCCCGGGCUCUUCAUACAAAAGUGUAUUUUUGCUUGUUUCUUCUCGUCUUCUUCAGUCUGAAGCCUUAUGUAGGUCAGGCUUGGCUUAAGCAGAUUUCCUGAACCUGCGUCAGCUUAAGCUGAAGGAAUUUUAAUAAACCCUCCCUUGUAGGCGUGGGCCUAAAUGAGACUAGCCUAGUUAAGCCUGAUCUUUUUCUGUUUGUGAAAAAGAGCUGAGCGGAGCUAGGGACUGCAUGGUGGCUCCAGGAGCGGCUGCUCAAUUCAAAGCUAACAAUGGUGGGGAAGGCCAGAUCUUCUAAUUUCACCUUGUCUGAAAAGCUCGAUUUGCUAAAACUGGUGAAGCCCUACGUUAAAAUUCUGGAGGAGCACACCAAUAAGCACUCCGUAAUAGUGGAAAAAAACAAGUGCUGGGACAUCAUAGCUGAUAACUACAAUGCCAUCGGAGUAGAUCGCCCUCCUCGCACGGCGCAGGGCCUGCGCACCCUCUACAAGAGGCUCAAAGAAUAUGCCAAGCAGGAGCUGUUGCAGCAAAAGGAGACUCACUCAGACUGUAAAAGCAGCAUUUCCGAGCCAACCAAGAAAGUUGUGGAGAUGAUUCCACAGAUUUCCAAUGUGUGUUUAAGGGACAGGAGCAGUGUUCCAAGUGCUAAUAUCGAUAAAGAAACUAUUGCUGGCACCAGCUCACCACCGGCAAUGCUGGAUCACCACCCCGCCGCAGUCAUGAUGGAGCUGCAGUCAGAAGAGGAUGUCAAACCUCCUCCUUCUUUGCUUAUAGACUCCCAGCAAAACGAGAACUUGGAACAAGAGGAGGAACACCAAUUGGUGCAUAUUAUGGAAAGGUCUCCUUCCACAUCAGUGUCUUCAGUUGACAUGAGAGUCAUGAUGUCUCCCUCUCCUGUACCCAGAAGAGAUGAGUUCUUUAGGCUUGAGCUUGGGGAACGCUUUAGACCGAUGUAUGGUUACGACCCGCAGAUGCUGCAAAUGCUGAAAGAGGAGCAUCAAAUCAUACUAGAAAAUCAAAGAAAAAUUGGUCUGUAUGUCCAGGAGAAAAGGGAUGGCUUGAAAAGAAAGCAGCAACUGGAAGAAGAACUGUUGAGAACAAAAAUUAAAGUAGAGAAGCUGAAGGCGAUACGACUACGCCGGGAUCUGCCAGAAUACAGCAAUAUCUAAAUGUUUUAUUACUUCUGUCAUGUUCUGUGAAACACUUAAUAAUAAAUGCUCUUGCCCUAGCAAAAUUGUUCCUGAUGUGAAUAGGGAUGGAUCAAAAAAUCUGGGCUGGAGAGAUGAAAGCCUGUUUUCCAUGUCUGCUGUUUGAGUACCUUAGUCAAACAACGUCGUAUGGGUUUGAGCCCGCCAGCUCUUCCGGCCUGAGCUGUGGUCAGAUCCUGUCUCUUUUAAGUCCAUGGGUGGCUAAAAAUCCCAACUUUUAAAACAUUUGUGAUGAGCUAAUGGAAAUGGAAAAAAUUUGAUCAUCAUAUGCAUUAUUUUCCACCUGUCCCUGGGUGUCUUAAUGAAGCUAAGCUUAGUAAGUACGAGGAAGAGGAGCGCGGAGGCUGCGUUUCAAUGUCUUACUCUUUACAAGUUGCUCAAUCUUAAGAUGGUGAAUUGUUGUUUGCUGCUUGGAGAACAAAAAAACCCGACUGGAUUGUUCUAUUUUUUUAAAUGUUCAGUAGACAGUUGGCUAAAUGUAGCUCUUUUUAACAGAAGUUACCACUUGGGAUUGUUUCCCCUGGAGGAGCGUUUCCCUAGGGUGUUGUCAAACUAGAGGCGAUGAGCGCGACGCUUGGUUUCUGCGGCUGCAUGCCUGUGUCAUUUGUGUGUACAGUGGCCAUCCUCAUACAUACAGGUAGGGUAAUGACACUGGUGAUCAAACCACAGCAGUGCCCCAUUUCCUCUUUUGCAUGCAUCAUUGCUGCAGUGCAUGUGCAACCAACACUGUUGGCAGGUGCCUUUGAGCGAUACCGCGACAAGCUACUGAGAAUGAAAUCGUUUCUGUCUGUAAGUAACACGUGACUUGAAAGCAACAGAAGAUCCUUUGUUACCUUUUAUAAAAGCUGUUGUUCUGGUCUUUCAAUGAGUUUCAAAUAAAAA